CGCUGGAGCAGCUUCUUCUGGAACCUGCACCGCCGCUGCAGCAACCAUGAAGGUGUGCAUCCCGAUUGUACUCGCCGUGGCUUCUAUUGCCUUGGCCCGACCCGAGCCCCCAGUCAACCAGUACUUGCCGUCUGCAGGCAACUACGCCACCGCCAGGGAGGACUCCUUCGCCCCGCCCCCAGCUGCGCUAUCCUCCACCUACGGCGCCCCUGCUAGCGCGUACUCCUCCCCUUCCUCCACCUACGGCGCCCCUGCUAGCGCAUACUCCUCCCCUUCCUCCACCUACGGCGCCCCUGCUAGCGCCUACUCCUCCCCUUCCUCCACCUACGGAGCUCCUGCCGCGGCCUCCAGUUCGACUUCCAGCUUCUCCAGAGGUUCCAGCAAGUCUCUCUCCAGGGCUGGAGGUCUCUCGCGCUCCUAUGGCACCCCGGCUAAUGCCCUAACCAAUGCCAUCUUCAGUGCUGCCCCGGCAUCCACGUACGGUGCUCCUGCUGCGGAAUAUAUGGCUCCUUCGCCCGUGUAUGGAGUCCCUGGAUACACUAGAUACAACCCUGCCGAAGACGACAUGUCUGAGCCGGCCAACUACCAGUUCUCGUACGAAGUGCAGGACGCCGAGUCGGGCAGCGAGUUCGGCCACCUGGAGAGCAGGCAGGGGGACGCCGCCUGGGGCUCGUACAACGUGCUGCUGCCCGACGGCCGCAAGCAGAUCGUGGAGUACGAGGCCGACCAGGCGGGCUUCCGCCCCAUGAUCCGCUACGAGGAGCCCCUGGCCGGCUACGGCCGGGGGGCGGGCGGUCCCUACUAGAGCCCUUGCUGCCUGGGAGUGCUGCAGACAGGACCUCGGAGCGCUACCUCGCCGUUGUCGUAGCAACUUACUAUUAAUGACAACAAUAUUUGGAAAUGAUUACCGGCCAAUUUCUUAACACGGUUAUCGCAAAUUUUGCAAAGUCUGUUAUUUAACUGACUAGCUGCAAACAAAUUAUCGACUUCCAUAAAUCUGACAUUCAGAUUUGUAUCGUUUGUAUGUUUUUUUUUUUUGUAUAUAGUUAUAUCAAAACUUUUAUUAAAUUGUACAGUUUAGAGUAAUCUUGUUGUACUUCGUUUACCUACAGUAUAAUAUUACAUAAUUUAUAAUUAAUGAAUGUAUGUGAACUAAUUUUGUAAUAAAAAUGUUCUACCGAAA